AUGCCUCUCACUAAAGCUAUCGAUGAUGCCGAGACUACUCUCCGUCCUUUUUAUAAGGACGAGUGUUAUGACGUCCCUUGGACGAGUAGCAUGGUUCAAAAGUCUAGCGCGGCUACCGGGCCAACUGUCUUCGACUAUAAUUACCAUUACCCGGAACUCCCAGUUGACCUGUCCGGCCCUGGAAAGCAAAAGGAAAUGGCAUCCCAUGUCCUCAGGCGGGUCCAUCAACUAUAUGGCCCUCCCACAGAUGAAUCAUUGGUCGACACCCCCAAGGUCCCCAACGCUCUCCUCCCUCCUAGCCGUAUAGUCAGGGAUGGAAUGUUCCGUCGCGAAUGGUUGAUCUUCCUGCGUGUCAGGAAGUACCUCAUCCCCGGGAACUUUAUCAUAUUCUUCUUCCUGGGCGAACCUGGAGAUGAUCCACGCCAGUGGCUCCUGAGCGAAAACCACGUAGGUGCGGUUAACACAUUCAAAAGCUCGACAGACAUUUGCGGGAAUUGCGCGGGCCAGGGAGCAGCGGACCAGUUGUUCUCUGGAGGUGUAGAUAUAACCAACGCCCUCUAUAAUAAGUUGGCUAACAUCGGCCUUACUUUGGACGACCAAGACGAGAUCGAAGAGUGGCUGGCGAAGAAUUUGAAGUGGAGGAUCCUUAAGGCAAGCCCGUUCCAGCAGCACUCUCGCUAUCAAAAUGACAAAACCGAACUUACGUCUCAUGAGAUUCAGGAGAAUCCGGACAAUCUAUUUAUUGGUGUCAAGAGCUUUGUCCUGCUUUACCCGACCAGCAGGCUACCCAUCGACGGUGGGGAAUUCUUAUCGGCCCCCAAGAUCAUCAACGAAAAGAUCCAUUUUGGUGCGACCGAGCCUCACAAGAAUCGCGGCGGACUCGGAGCGCAAGAUCCCUAUUAAGUUGUGCCAAAAGACUGGCCGAGGUAUAGAUGCCUCGGGGACAUAUCGUUCGGCGGUUGAAUCUUAUCUCUUAUGUACUUCCUUGGAGCCAAAGGCUGCCGAAACAAGUUUUACGAAAGUAGUUCAAAUCGCAAUAUACUUGCUUUAAACCAA